CGCCGCGCCCGGGGCGCCUCAGUAGAGCUCUACACGGCGCCUGGCGGGAGCGGCGGUGCGGCGCAGGCCAAUGGGGUGGCGCGGCAGCGCAGCGGCCGCUGAGGUCAGUUCCGUCGCCGCGGUGGGCGGUGGGUCGUGCUGAGGCGGCGGCCCGCGCUCGCUCGCUGACGCUGCGGGAGUAGGCAUGCGGUGGACAAGAGUUUGGGAGGUCAUGCUGCUGGGACAGCUGACCAGAAUUGGUCAAGGGGAUAUAUUCCAUACCAUACAAUAUUAUGCUCGGCAACGAAAACUGGAAGUAGAGGAAGAUGGGGAGAGUGGGCUUGUCUUCCAAGGUGGCUGUUGCUCAGAGACUGGGGCAUUGGUCUGCUUGUGGAACAUGUGCUAGAAGCUGAUAAAAUUAAGAACAUGGAAUAUAAUACGGAUGCAGUUGCUUGAGCACCGUUUCUUCCAAGGUCUAUAUUCUGCAGAUUGGUGGCCUGAAUGAUUGAUUAAUGAGCAGCAUACACAAGGCUAAUAUCAAGAAAACAUUCAAUCUGUUGAUGCUCUGUUUGACAAAACUGGUGCAGAGUCACGUCUUCUGAAAUGCAGUUGAAAAAAAUGAGGGAAAUUUUACCAAGAUUGUACCCUGGCCAAGUCAAUGAUAAAAAUAAUUCUUUAACUACAUCCCCAAAGCAAUCUCCUGAGGAUAAAACAAAUCCAUCAAAAGGGGAUGAUGACCAAAACUGUUGCUACCAAGGGACUGAGGCUGAGAACAAUCAGUUGUCACUGAUAAGCUGUAUAAAAUGCAGAAGUGUUCAGAGAAUUUCAAUGCAAGAUACAGAGAAGCAUAAGAAGCUUGGGUGGACUGAAGACAAAAAUUUCAUCUGCAAGAAGUGCAGUCAUAUUACACCACCAGUUUUCCAUUUUGUUCCUGAGGGUGCCAAUGCUGUUGAAAAACAUGAAAAGAAAUCCCCAAGUAAAGCCCAGAGAACGUUUAAAGUUAAAAACUUUCUGCCAGGUAAAUACUACUGUGAUAAAUGCAGGUUUUCGACAAAGGAUCCUUUACAGUAUAAGAAGCAUGUAGGUCAACAUGAAGAAAUUAAAUUUAUCUGUUUCCACUGUAGUUACGUAUCCUACACCAAAGGAGAAUUCCAGAGGCAUUUGGUAAAACACACUGGGGUUUUUCCAUAUCAGUGUGAAUACUGUGAAUAUGGUGCUGUUAGACAUGACUAUAUAGUAAAGCAUACAAGAAGAGUACAUGAAACACCCACAAAACGGCUGUCAAAAAAUAUCAUAAACCACAAGCAAAAGAAGCAGAGUCAAAGCAUUUUAUUUGAAAAGCAGAAAUAUGAUAAAAUUCCUUUUCAGAAUGAACUUCCAAAUUCGUCUUCAAAUAUGGUUUGUGAGGUUCCAGGUAAAGCAACUAAAACAGUCUGUUUGUCUCGUGAUGUAGAAUGUAGUGUAAACAUGGCACCAGUCCAGGAUAAAACAGUAUUGGAGCCAUCUGAAAUAAGUGUAUGUGAGAAUCAAAGUGUGGAAGUUGAGGUUUAUUCUCCAAAAACAGAGCCUUUAGAACCUGGGAUGCCUUUAACAGUAAUUGCACCAUCUGAACUUGUAGUUCCUUCUAACUGCUUAGCCCAGAUAGUAGAGAUUAAAAUAGUGAAUGGAGCACAACAGCUGGUUCUUAAACUAAUUCCUAUGAAAGAAGCGACUUAUAAACCUGUGAACAAUCCUGAAGAGGAACUUGAGAAUCAAGGUAUGGAACGAUCUGCAGAAGGACGAAAAACAUCUUCUGUGUCUCAGAAUGAGUUACUAACCAUGGAAGUGAAUGUUGACAAACUCUCCAGCGUUAGUAGCCAGCUUAAUUUGGAUAGUACCUAUGACAAGAAUUCUGAAUGUCUUUGUUCUUCUGAUUCUCAAAUCUCAGACUAUAACUCUGUAUCUGUACAUAGGGAAGAGGCGUCAAAAUUGUGCUUUCAUUUAGUGAAAGGUAUUGAUGUCCAUUCAGGUGUUAUAGAACUUUGUUCUCAGUCUCUGGUGAUUAAUAGUACCGAAAAAAAAAAUAAUCUCAAAUCCUCACGGUGGGAAGUAGAUGGGAAAAAUAAUUUACAUUAUGACUUGUAUUGUUAUGAAGAAGGUGUGGAUAUACCCUGUCCAAAAUAUGCUGCUAUUUCUGAAGAUAAAAGUUAUGAGAACACUUCAGUAGAGGCUGCUCAGGAGGGCAAAAAAUCUUCUGUAGUCCUUGAACAAAAGGAUCCAUUGCCUCUAAAAAGUGAUGACAAAGAGUGUAGGAGUCUGCCAGUCAGCUCUACAGAGACACAUUUAGCUGGUAACGGUUUUGAUAAAAAAAGUGUUACACCUUCUGAAGCAAGAAAAAACCUGAAUGUUACUAAAAUUCCACCUUGCAAGGACCUGACUUUCGACUUCAGCAAAGCAAAGAGAGCUGAAACAGUAAGUCAAAAGAACAGUCAUCUUGUGGAAUCAUUAGAACUACAGAAGAUGGAAAAUAAAGGCAAUCCUCUUGAAGGACCUGUUAUUUCGUCUGUGUUUUCUCUUAGCUCUGGAGCUGAAAAUGUUCCAGAGGGUGUCAGAUGGGAUGACACAACAUGCAGUAAGAAGUCAGCAACAUUACUGUGUAGAAAGAUUGCUCAGCUUAUGUCUGCUGCUGAAUCUAACAUGAAAUCUAUGCCUGUGAGAUGUCAAGCUUCUAGUAGAAAGGUGCUUUUCCAUCAAGAAAAUUCAUCAGGCUGUGAGAGAGUUUCUGCUGCUGAAGUGGAACAGCCUGCAUCUUUGCCUCCAGGGCAUGGUGGAAACAGUGUCAUUAACAGUGAAGAACACAGUAAAGAUCAGUUCCUUACAUUUGCAAGAACAUCUAAAAGCAGGGUAACUAAAAAUUCCCAUGUUGCUACUCCAGUGUUUAUUCCCAAAGGGACAAUGCUGAGAGUGCUGAAUGCUACUAGCAGUCAAAACUCAAAUGGAAUAGAAAACAGGAGUGAAACAUCAGCUUCUGUGUAUUGCAAUGAAAUGUUUCUGCCUCGCCCAGUUCCUGUCAGUGUUUCUGAGACAGUUAGUAAUUUGCCAUGUUUGCCUAAUCAGAGUGAAUGGAAUGCUGAGUCCCGAAGUAUAUCACUCAGGCAAAGACCAAGGCGAGAGGCAGGUGUUAAAAAUCAUAGCAAACAAACUGGUGUACCAUUUCAGAAAAGCAGUGAUUUGAAUAAGCAAAGCAGACCCUACUCAAAAAGUCAACUAGGUCCCAAAAAUAAGGCAAAACAAUCAAGCUUCAGGGAACUUUCUAAGAGGAAAACAAGAACUCAGUCGGAGACCAGUUCUGACAUGUCUUAUCUGUUGACAGCAAGACGUCUUCGGCUUGUCCCUCUGAGAAGGAAUCAGUUGAUAAAAUGCCCUCGUCGUAACCAGCCAGUUGUGGUACUAAACCAUCCUGAUGUUGACUCACCAGAGAUAAUUAACGUCAUGAAGACUAUCAACAAGUAUAAAGGUCAAGUCCUGAAAGUAGUUCUGUCAGAAAGGACAAGUAGUUGUCUGGGUGUCAAACGUUACCGAAAGCGUCUUACUCUUCAGAAUGUUGAGAUAGGAAACCAAGUGAAAAAACAGAGUAUGCUAAAAAUGAAACUAAAAAAGACCCAUAAAAACAACUACCAAGUGGUGGAAAAUUCACCAGCUGAAACACUUCAGUGUCUGUUUAAGUGUUGGUUUUGUGGAAGAGUAUAUAUGGAUCAAGAAGAAUGGAUAAGUCAUGGGCAGAGGCACUUGAUAGAGGCAACGAAAGGCUGGGAUGUUCUUUCUCUUUCAGCAAAAAAGCACUAAGUGAGAGACUAGGGGUGGUUUCCCCUCUUAUGUUUAAUGAGUGCCACUAAGUUACUUGGAAAGGAAGACUGAAAUAACUGCUUUAUUUUGCCAAAAGGUCUCCACUGUUAGCAAAGUGCAACAAGAGAGCAGAGUUAUAGAGAUACAGAAAAGCUGAUAGUGAGGAUUAAGCACUACUUUGCACUCCUGUGUGUGAAAUUUGUAUUUGAGGUCAACUUCAUCUGUUUUGUAGGAGAAAUUUGUAAAAGAUUUGCUAUGCAAACUUCUUUCUGGUUACCAUUUUCUGUGCUAGUAUACUGUGCUGUAACUAGUUUGUGCUCAAUCUGUAUGAAUUAAAAUCUUAGACAAUGAGAUCUUUGUAACUUUAACAGGGUUUAGUUUGCUUUAUUACAGUGUAGUGUUUCAGAGAUCAAGUGUAUGUGUACUGAAAAGCACCUUUGAUCCUCUCUGGGCAGCAAGUGUGUAUCAUAGGUUUUAGUGGCAAAUUAAGCACCGCACACAAAAAGUAAAACUUACAUUUUUAAGUGGUGUGUUUCAAGUACUUCUGCUGACCUCAGAGGAGACAAAAGGGUGUAAAUGAAGAAUCUGUGGGAUCGGUUACUCUCACUAGGUCAGAUAGCACUAAAAAGUUUUUACUUUGAUUUAGUACUUGAAGUUUUGAAGUCUUUAGCUAGCCUGUAUUGAGUAGAUGUGAGAGCAGCACACUGUCAGCUUUCUGUACCGUCUUUGUUCUGAACAGGCAGAUUCGGAGAUACCAUCGGGCUUGGACCGACAGAAGAGAAGCUUUUCUCUAGAUCAUCUCAAGGCUGUUCUGAAAUGUAAGGAAGUAAUAGCAAAACAUAAACCCUUUAUCACCGUGUGUGUAGCUUGAUAGAAACACGUUUGCAGAAUUAGGCAUUUGGUUAGAACUCUAGUCUGUGAGGUAAUACUUAUUUACAGGGGGAACUUGCUGAAGAUGAAGAACUUUCAAAAUGGAAAAAACAUGUUGCACAGCUUUUACAUUGACAGUGUUGAACCAGAUUCUCAGUGCAGUCUUUCGUCCUCCUUAAUGUCAAGAAUUUAGAUGUUAAAAUACACUUUUUGUAGGCCUCAAUUCAUACAAGCAUGUGCCUAGUUACAUACGUAUGUCUGAUUUGUAUCUACUGACUUCAGUGCAGUGUGAACAUUGCUCAGUUGCUAAAACACUUUCCUAAGUCAGGGCCAAAUUUCAGGUUUUUAGUAAAGAGGAGGGAUGGAUGAGACUGAAGUCUAAUGUUUCUGUACGUGAACAAAUGUUUUUCUUCAUUGUGUCAAUUUUAUGUAAUUUUAAGUAAUUUUAAAAUCAUAUGGAAUGAACUAUAUUGAAGCACAUAUUUAUAAUUCAAAUCACUUCGCAUUUUUACAGAUUAAGAAAAUACUGACUAAUGCUGGAUGUUUGUUCCAUGUUUGAACUUGGACUACUCUAGAAAAACUGGUAGUCCCUAAUUCUUUUCACUGUUGGUGCAUUUUUGUAAACAGUUUAAGCUAGGAAUAUUUUUUAUAUACUCCAGCAGAUUAUACAUUGUUUUGAUAAAGUAUGUAUUUGCAUUGAAAUGUAAAUAUUUUAAAACUGCAUCUGAUUGAGGCUUAUUUUCAAAGCCAGUUAAAACAUAGCUUUCCCACCUUUUUGCAAUACAGUGUUAAAGUCCUUCAGACAGCUGGUGCUUUAAGUCAGAUCUUUUUCAUCAUAUACACAUAGAAAAUUUUUGUAUCAUUUGUAUCAGACUAACCUGUUCCACAAAAUAACCUUCCUUUUGUCUGUUUUGUCAAUAAUAAUGAAAUGACAGUUCUCAUUUUAUAUUCGAAUGGAAUUAUAUUUUUUUAGAUGGGUGCACUAGAGGGUUUUUUUUCACUUCGUAUACUUCAAUGCCAAACCUAACAGUACCACUUGCAUUUUUGAUGGUGAAAAUAGCAUCCAUUUUAAAAUUGUCAUAUCACAUAUAAAUGUUGAGAUUGUUAAUGUAAGAAAAUAUGGUUAAAAUUCCUCCUUUGUUUUAACUCCUUCAAUUCAGAUUAUGGUUUGAGUCAAUUUUGUUUCUGUAGAAGCUACUAAAUAAAUAGUUUUGAAUUUGCUUCUUAAGAGUUGUCACUGGCAAAACUAGAACAUUCCUCAUGAAAGCUAUACUGGGCAGGGCAGGGGAAGUGUUGCUGCUCAGCUUUAUGAAAUCUAGGUGGUUUAAGUGUACUAGUAAUGCUUGUCUUCUGUAAGCAAGUUUGCUGUUUCAGUAAACAUCUGCAAUGCUUUGUAUGUCACUGCCUUAAUCUAGCUGAAUUGUUAAGCUGUGGGGGUUUUUCAUGUGUUUAAUUUAGAAAAUAUUUUUUUUGUUUUAACAUGAAAACCAUUUGCAAGUUGAAUUGUAUGAUGGUUACAAAACUCUUAAAGCAUAUUGUCAUGCCUCUAUGAGCUUUGCCAAACUACUUAGCAGCUUCUGUUUUGUUGAUUUUCAUUCUUCUUGUUAGAUAUGUCAUGUCAGAAUAAUUCCCUUCAAGUUUAAUAGUCUUAGUGGUUUGAAAGAAAUAAUUAUAACGAAUGUUCUCUUACAUUUUGAUGCAGCAUUAAGAAAUAAAAGGUUAUGAGGA